AAAAGCACCGGGGAUUCGCCUUCAUCGAGUUUGAGCUGGCUGAGGAUGCAGCAGCAGCUAUUGACAACAUGAAUGAAUCUGAGCUCUUUGGCAGGACAAUUCGUGUGAACUUGGCCAAACCAAUGCGAAUUAAAGAAGGAUCAUCCAGGCCUGUCUGGUCAGAUGACGACUGGCUGAAGAAGUUUUCAGGGAAGACACUGGAGGAGAGCACAGAGGAGGCAGGAGCAGAGGCCCCCAAACCAGAGGUGCAGGAGGGUGAGCCUCCUGCCAAGAAAUCCCGGGCCAACCCUCAGGUUUACAUGGACAUCAAGAUCGGAAAUAAGCCUGCAGGGCGGCUGCAGAUCCUCCUGCGCUCAGACGUGGUGCCCAUGACCGUAGAGAAUUUCCGCUGCCUCUGCACCCACGAGAAAGGCUUCGGCUUCAAAGGGAGCAGCUUCCACCGCAUCAUCCCCCAGUUCAUGUGUCAGGCUGGUGACUUCACCAACCAUAACGGCACCGGAGGCAAAUCCAUCUAUGGGAAGAAAUUUGAUGAUGAAAACUUCAUUCUCAAACACACAGGGCCAGGGCUGUUAUCGAUGGCGAACUCUGGCCCAAACACCAACGGCUCCCAGUUCUUCAUCACUUGUGACAAAACAGACUGGCUGGACGGGAAGCACGUGGUGUUCGGUGAGGUGACGGAGGGCAUGGAUGUGGUGCGGCAGAUCGAGGCUCAGGGCAGCAAAGAUGGAAAACCGAAGCAGAAGGUGAUUAUCUCAGACUGCGGGGAGUGCCCGUGA